CUAAGUAUUCCAACAAUGAAAAUGGACAGAGUUUGGUUUGAUCCGAGCGUUGGAAAUUCUCAUGGACAAUCAAAUGUUGAUGAGAGGCGAUGGAAGGAUUUGUUGAUUAAUUAUAGAUCAACAAAAAAACUUCGGUUUCCACGAAUUUGCCGGCCAAAGAGACUUUUGCGUUUCUUACUUGAGGAUUGGUUAUUUCUAGCAGUACUUGGAAUAAUAAUGGCUCUAUUGUCGCUUUUUGUCGAUUAUGCUAUCGAUAAACUUUUCAUUGCUCAUCUAUUAUUAAUGAAAUACGCGAAAGAGUUAGGUAAUAAAAUUAUUGGCGAACUCCUUCUUCCUUUUACGUCUUGGCUAUCAUUUUCCACAUUACUCCUGACGCUUUCGCUUUUUGGUGUUCAUUUUUUUGCACCGCAGGCGAUCGGUUCGGGAGUACCUGAAAUGAAGACGAUUCUUCAAGGAGUCGCUCUAAAUGAAUAUUUAACUGUCAAUACUCUUAUUUUCAAAACAUUCGGUUUGGCUUUUGCCAUAGGCAGUGGAAUUCCAAUAGGCAAAGAGGGGCCUUUUGUUCAUAUCGGUUCUAUUGUUGCAAGUUUAUUGAGUAGGCUGGUACGAAAUUUUCAAUCAGCCUACGUUAACGAAUCGAGGAAUUGUGAAUUAUUGGCUGCAGGAUGUGCCGCGGGUGUUGCUAGUACUUUCGGUGCUCCAGUUGGGGGUGUAUUAUUUUCUAUUGAAGUUACAACUGCUUAUUUUGCUGUGCGUGACUAUUGGCGAGGAUUUUUUGCUGCAGCAUGUGGAUCAGCCUUAUUUACUCUUCUUCGUUUGACUCGUUCACCAGAAGGUAAAAUGAUACAAAUGGGAGAAAUCGAAAUGAUUUUUCUAGUCUUUGCAUGA